AUGUCUAUUGAUCCAACUAAGCUUUCCGAUCCUCCGAUGCCAACCUAUAGUUUUUCUAUUUACUAUCGCGACGUAUUUGAAAAGUCAAAGUUCAAGGACUAUAACUCGUUACUUGACAACAGGAUUGCUCGAUGUAAUGCCAGAGCAAGUUAUUUAGCAUCAACUUUUGAAGAUGAUCAUUGCGACGUUAAAGAAGGUGGCAAUUCAACCCUCUUGAUCACACGACAACAAGUUGCAGGAGGAGGUAAGAUUCGCGAAAUUGUCCCUAAAUCAACCGAGGUAACUUGCGUGAACAGUGAGUAUCUUGCAUCAUUUCUGAGAGGUAGCCAAUUGGUAAAACAUUAUUUGCUAAUUGACACUGGAAGUACUUUACUUUGGUGGCAAUGUGGACCAUGUGAGGCGAAUAAGUGUUACAAACAAGAUCAACCUAUAUACGAUUUAACUGCAUCGAGGACUUCUAGAAAAGUUGAUUGCAUUCGACGUAGUUCAUAUUGUAUAACAGAGGACCGCGAUUUUCAUUGUGAUCAAUAUAGUUCCGAAUGUAUCUACAGUAAGAGAUAUGUAGAUGAAUCGAGGACUAAUGGUUUUAUGGCCGGUGAUGUGAUUUACUUCGUGUUAGGCAUGAAGCCGAUUAGGGUUACAUUUGGAUGUAGCAAACAUCAAUCUGGUGAUUUUAGUAGUUCGAAUUCUGGAAUUCUUGGCCUCGGGCGCAAAGUAUUCCCAACAGAAAAAGGUGGAUGUUCUUUACCAUCGCAAUUUAGGUCGAACCUAAUGUCCAUGUGUAUACCAACUUUUUAUUCCGGAAAAGGAUCGGUUUUGAGUUUUCAUACUAGCAAGUGGCCAGGUGCAACGAAAGCGAAGUUGUUACCAAAUUAUAAGUACCCUACACAGUUUUUGUUAAUGAUAAGGAGGUUCAAAGCUCAAGUACGAGAUAUCCCUUUGGUUAAUAGUACAGUUGGACCUUUUGACACUUGCUACGAAGGGGAUCCGGGCGGUGAUGAUCUAUUCUUCCCUGUUGUAAAGUUGUACUUUGGAAGCGUAAGCCCAACAACAAUGUUGUUUUUGGAUCAUGAACGCGUUAUGCUGAAAUAUCGCGGGUUCUACUGUUUGGCUUUCGUUGGAUGGAAGAAUAACUACGGGAUAUUAGGCGUUAAUCAACUCCAAGGUGUAGCAUUAACUUUUGAUACUUCAGAAAAUACAUUGGCCUUUGACAUAGAUGCCUGUGAUUGA